GCAGCGGUCCCCGAGAAGGCGGCGAGCGGGCGGCAGCGGUGAAGCCGCGGCGGGAGCCGCCUCCGCCCCCGGUCCGGUACCGCCGCCCGGAGCCCCCCAUGGGCGAGGGGGGGGCUCGAGGAAGCGGCUUCUAAAGGGGGACACCCCCUCGCUUUCUCCUGGCUGACGUUCCCCGCUUAAAAAGAAGGGAGGGAAAAAAAAUAAAACCCACCAAAAAAAACCCACCAGAAACCCACCCGAAGCCGCUCUAAAUUUGAGGGAACAGCGAAGGCAGGCGGCAUCGGCUGGAAAAUGCAUCUCACUCGGAGCUGCAUCGGUUUCCUGAUCCAGGGGAGCAUCUCUCUGCUGGUGGUCUGUGGCCAAGAAGGGCCGGGGGAAGGUGCCGAGCAGCGUGAGCCUGAGAGCCAGGAGGGAGCCCAAGCGCAGGAGAGCGGAGAGCUGCUCCCCACCAAACCCCUCCUCACCCCAACCUUGCUGCAGAACGUGACCCUCCUGGAGCUGGUGAGCAGCUCGCGGGAGCUAUGGGAUAUCCUGGACAACCUCUCGGAGCGGGAUCACGCUCCACAUCCCCGAGGACGGAGGGACUUGGAAUCGGCCUCGGGUAAACUUAAAAAGAUUUUUGGCUGGGGAGAUUUCUAUUCCAACAUCAAGACGGUGAAGUUAAACCUCUUGAUCACCGGCAAGGUGGUGGAUCACGGCAACGGCACCGUCAAUGUCUUCUUCCGCCACAACUCCACCGGGCAGGGGAACAUCUCAGUCAGCCUCGUCCCUCCCACCAAGGCUGUUGAGUUUGACCUGGAGCAGCAGAUCUUCAUCGAGGCCAAAGAAUCCAAGAUCUUCAACUGCCGCGUGGAGUACGAGAAAGUGGACCGUGCCAAGAAGACCACUCUGUGCACAUACGACCCAUCCAAGACGUGCUACCACGAGCACACCCAGAGCCACGUCUCCUGGGUCUGCUCCAAGCCCUUCAAAGUCAUCUGCAUCUACAUCACCUUCUACAGCAUAGACUACAGGCUGGUGCAGAAGGUGUGCCCCGACUACAACUACCACAGCGACGUGCCCUACUUCCCCUCGGGGUGAUGCACGCUCAGGAUGUCCCGGUGAUAAGCGGGUGCUGGGGGGGGCGGGGGGAGGGAUGGGGAUGGUUUUUAAGCAGGGUGGGUCCCUGGAAGUGAGGAAGGAGGAGGAUUUUCAGUUGUCCCCGAAAGCUCCAAUUGACGAGAGGAGAGGAAAUUUGGGCUAUGGGGGUAAAGGCAUUGCUAAACUCAGCCCGGAUCCGUGGUCUUUAGAGACUGGCACGGGGUCUGAAUGUAGGAUAUAGAAAAUAGGACAUAAAGCCAGAAUCAGGACUCGCGUUUUUCAGUGCAAUAAUGGGUUUUUUUGCCUGGAUCCAGGCCACACGGUCCUAAAAGGUGGGGGAAUAGGUGCAGAGGGCUGCAGGAGCUGGUGGGCACAGCAUGGAGAGCGCAGCGGGGACAAGGGCACCUGGUGCACACCAUGGCUGGGGACAGCCACGCAUAGCCACCUCAUCUCCCCCCAACCAGGUGCUGGGAGGAACAGGGCUGCAUUUCCCCACGCUUGGGCUGAACGUUGGGGUGGGACAGAGAGGGACACCCUGGGUGCCACCCCACCGCAGCCCACCGGUUUGGGGGACUGGGAAAGAUGGAGCCGCAGAGAGAGGAAUCCUGGCCGGGUCCGUUGAAUCUUGCUGACACAAGGUGUGAUUCAUGUGUUUCCCCUGACGCCGUGUGUGAUUCAUGCAUUUCCCCUCCGUCUCAUCUGUGUUUCAUGGGGCUCCCACCCGUGUCCGUGUCUGCUGGGCUCGGAGCUGCCGGUUCCUGGGUGCAGAAGCGCGCGGUGGGGUGGCAGAGUCGAGCUCUGACUGUAGCAUUAAACUGACUUUGAAGGAAAAAAAACUCACAGUGCUGUCCUUGGGAGAGAGAAUAAAGUUUUUACGGUGGUAACGAGGCAGGUCAAGUGUUGUUACUGACAGCAAGUUCAGCCUGUGCCUAAGGUACGAGGAUGCUCAGGGUAUCGCUGUGCUCCCACUGGGCUGUACCUGCCCCCAUUCAGCUCUGCUCCGUCACCCGGACCUCUCUCGUAAAGGGACAUUAGGUCCCAUUUUGGGCCUCAGACCCUCCAAUUUCCCACUGUCACCCGCAUGCCCCGUGGCCACUGAUUGUACAUGGAGCUUUCCUACACCACCCAUGGGUGUUCUCCACUUCCCCUGUGAGCAUCCACACUCCAGGUCACACUUCAAUCCUGCAGAGAAGACCAAACAAAAGCAGCUUCCCCCCUCCCAGCCCUCCCUUGUGCCCCCACAC